AAAAAAGGUCUCUGGUGAUUGUCUUUGAUUCCAUCGAAAGGCAACAAGGCAAUACGUAGUCGUUUAUAUUAUAAUUCUAUUUGAUACGUAUUCUAGGAAUAGUUCUGUUUCUAUUUUAAACAUUACAUUGCUAUUAUUGUGCUAUUAUGGUUUUAGUGAAGUAGUCAUUUGAGUGUUUCUACUGAAAUACUAUUAUUGCAUGUAUACGAGAAUUUUUACUUCCUACUUGAAAGUACCUAUUGAAGAGACGAGAAACAAACUGUGAAAAUCAACCCCAAAUUGAGAUCUACUUGAUUGCUUCGAAAGCCAAUAUUUCUAGUGCGAGAGCAUAUAGAGAUCUGCAUGUAAGACUACUGUGAAAUACAGGGUCUGUGCUCCAUAGAAGCUGAAGACUGCAAGAGUUUGCUUUACAUUUGUGACAAUACAGUUUAUGGCAGUUUUGUUGUCAUAAACUGUCAAGUGUAGUGCAUCAAGAUGGACCUCCCGGACUGCCCCCCUGGGGCAGAGGGAUAUGAAGACACAGUUGUCGAAAUGCCUAAAAAACCUGAUGCUGAAGAAAACUGCACAAAGGUGGAGCAAGAGUUCCAAGAAUACCUAAACAGUCAGAAGGUGGUGCUCGAGAAUGGCGAGUCGCGUUGCAUGGUGGAGCGGCGCGGGCGCGACGCGGCCGGCAAGUGGGUCUACAUGUGUUACCCGUGCUCGGCCAUCUGCAACGGAGAGACUGUUUUGCAGACCCAUAUAUUGGGAAAGAAGCACAAACAUAAUAUGAGUACGCGUCAAGUUUGGCCAAAAGAAAUAUUUAACAGCCAUGCUUUUAACCAGAAAAAGAAUGCAGGGGCUACUGAUAAGAAGCAACCACCUCGCGAAGCAGAACAUGCGCAAUCCCUUACUACGAACUGCAAGUACGACAAGUACAAGAACAUACCGUGUGAACUGCAAGAUGCAAUGAAUGAUGUCAAGGUGCCGAUGCUCGGCGUGGAGUACCUGAUCGAGUUCCCGCCGGAGCAGGCGCACUACAAGUCCUCGUAUCUGUGUACGCUGUGCAACAAGUACGCGCACCCGCGCACCAUCAUCAACCACAUGAUCUGCUUCCGACAUCGAUACAAUUAUUUGAAAAGACACUACGUGAAGGCGACGUCGCUGGUGGCGCCGUACUGGCCGCACUUGAAGUACCGCGAGGGCGUCACCGUCGUCAUCACCCGCCUCGCCAAGCGCAUCGAGGACACGUACGGGCGCAUGCGCCCGCUGCAUAUCGACAAGGACGAGUUCGAAAAAGAAAAGGAUGCCAUACUUCAGUGGAUAUACCAAGACCAUCACUUCUCAGAAAAUAACGGAGCUACAUUUGAAGAGGUGGUCGAUGUCGACUUGAUCACUACCCUGCAGAAAAAUCCUGAGCCUGAACCUGAAAAAUCUGCAUCCGUCAAUAAUGGUAUGUCCAAGGCGAUGCGGAAAAGCAACAGAAACUUUGAGGCUAGAGACCCGUCCCCGCCUAAAGUAGCAGCGCCGUCAAAACCACUCUUUAACAACUUUAUGCGUUCUGCGGGUCGGCAGGAGCGCCGCGCCGGCUCCGUGGACUCGCUGUCGGACAUCAGCGACGAUUUGAAGGACGAUCAAGUCGACUUAUAUAAGGACACCUACAGCAAGAAGAAUAAAGCGGAAAUAGUGCCGAAAUCCCGCUACGAGCCGUAUCCGCCGCCGCAGCGCAGCGGGUCGCCGCACCCGCGCUACGUCAAGCAGGCUUCCGACUCGCGACGAUCACCCGAUGCGCAGAAGCAAUCUAAGGCAAGACCCAGUAAUUACGAGUACAAAGUGAAACUGGCACAAGAGCAGAGCAUAGCGGCCGAGGCGUCCGCAAAAAAGACUUUCGCUUACCACGAGAAAAACCCAGAAAAACAUCCCAUGUACCCCGAGGAAUGGAAAAAGUUCUGGAACAGGCGCUACAAAGAAAUUCAAGCCGAGGGUAAAGAUCCAUCCAAGCAUGACUUCAAGCCUGAGUGGAUACAAUUCUGGACGAAGCGCAUGAAGGAAAUUCACGAGGAUGACUUGCGUAUAAUAGUAGCUGAGGUGUAUCGAAAAUUAUGUCUCACUCCGCCCCCUAUGAAUAAGAAAGAAGAAAUAUCACCAGAGCUAAAAAGGAGGUCCCCUGAGGUCAAACGGAGAAGUCCAGAUCCAAAAUGGCGUUUGAAUACCAAAUCACGGAGAUCACCAGAUGUAAAGCGUAGGGAAGCGAGGCGCCGCACGCCCGAGCGACGACGCUCAUCGGAAAGGCGCCGCUCACCUGAUUAUAGACGGGAUUACCGCAAGGAAAGAAAGUCACCACAUCACCACCACUCGCCUCCCCGACGCCGCACUCCUUCGCGGCUACAUCAAACGCGUUCCCGCAGUCCACAUUACAGGGGGAGUCGUAGCCCGUUGUCUCGACGCGCGGGCGCGCAUGCGCCGCGCAACCGCAGUCCGCAGCGACACUCGCCUGAACGCGUCACGCCCUCCAUGCAGACCGUGCUCAUCUCCGACGACGAACUCAAAGCCGACGACGGCCUGUCGCCGUGGAACUCGGCGGACGAGAUGGGCUCGCCGCAGCGGUCGUGCGCGGGGAGUGUGACGUCACGCGCGUCCCGUGCGCACCACGCGCCGCUCGCCAGCGCCGAGCUCGGCUCCACCGACAAUGUGGUGGCUACGUUACGCCUGCUUGUCGCACUCGAGGACCACCUUGGCAGCCUUGGACCCAAGGUCAUCGACUUGCUCGCUGAGGCACUCAAAAUGGAGAAGGAAAAAGCUAACUCAUCAGAAGAAUUGUUGGUGCGCGAGUCAGCGGUGGUGCUGCUUGAGACUGCGAAGGAGAAGUUGAAGGGCGCAGCUCAGGCGGGGCUCGUGCCGCCCGCCGCCGCCGCUGCCGUGCGUGCCGCUGUCGUGCGAGUCGCCGCUACUCUGCACGACGCCGACAGACGACAGCGUCGCGAGAAGAAUGCGCAAGCUAGUACGAGUACGAGUACUAGCAAGGAAGCCGUUAAAGCGGCUGUACCGGUGGUCGGCGUAGGCGAAGUGGAUCGCGCGCAGAUCGCUCAACAGAUGGCAGCCGCGCUGGUGGCGCAGGGCAAGACCGACGUGUCAUCUGCCGAGCUGGCGCAACUCGUGGACGCCGUUAUCGGCAUGGCGGAGGCGAAGAAGCGCGAGACGCAAGCCGUCCAGCACGACGCUCCGCGGCCGCUCGCAGACGCCGCGCCCAGGGCUGUGCACAAAGCCACGGGCGCCGUCUCUGCUUUGCAGAUGUUACAGUCCGCAUACGACGAGAACAAAGACAAGUCAGGUAAAGAUGAUGGUGCCGAUGCAAUGGAUGGUUUAUCGGAUUCAGACUUGGAAACAUUAUUGAAAAACUUUAAUGAAUUAUCUGCUGAGGAGCAACAUAGCCUUAUAGCUUAUUUGAAGAAACUAGAAGCGAGGGAGCCGCAGCGGGUGGAGCGCCUGCGACAGUACGUGAGCGCUGCAGUCGCCACGGCGCCUAAACUCGAUGAAGAAGCUCCGAGGGAUAACAUUAAACCAGUCACCAUUGAAAGCGACGAUGAUGAUUAUACUGUUGAGGAAGUUUUUAAGUCGGCAAAGCAAAAAGUGAAAGAAGAUCAAAUACGACAAGAAAUGGAGAUAGUUCAAAAAUCCCUAAAAGAGUCUAAUCCACCAUCGACGGAACUGCCAAAAACGAGCACCAUCUUAGAUCUUACGAAAAGUUUGUCAUCUGCUUCCGAUCUGCUCGCGCUUGUGCAGGCAUCAAUACAGUCACAGGCUCCAGUAGCACCACCGAGUAUAGCCACUACGGCUGAAGUAGUUCAUAGCAAUACACAACCUAAAUCUUUUGGAGAUCUGCCAGAAACACAACAAAUGUUUCCACAAGCAAACAAUCCACCACCUAACCUACAUCACAACUAUACGUUAAAUACAUCCCAGCUCAUGCAAAAACAGAACUAUAAUAUGGGUAAUAAUCAGCUAACUAAUCAACAAGGAUUCAUAAGAUCGCAAAAUAAUCCAAUGAACUAUGGAGGCAAUAGAAAUGCUUCUAAUGAUAAUUACAAUCAACCCCAAUGGAAUGUGCAGUCAAAUAAUAUGCAAGAACAAAGAGGACUACGGACGCAAGGGCAAGGAUCAGAACAAAGAGGACCCCCAAUUCAGAGACAACAACACUUUGAUAACAAUAGUUACAAUCCGGGAGGUUUUAACCAAGGUGGUAAUUCAAAUUUUUACAACAAUCGACCAGACUUUGAAACAAGACCACUUGGUUCAAAUCAAAUGUAUGGAAAUUUUAACCCACAGAAUAAUUUUAGAGGGAGAGGACAUUAUGGAGGACCUAACAGAGGUCGCGGUCGAGGUGGGCGUUAUUAAUAUAAGUAGAAAUUUAGUGACACAUAAAGUAUAGGAAAAUGUAUUUCUGUGGAUUAAAUUUAAAACAAGCAAUAAAACUGAAAUUUGUA